CUGCAGAGGAUCUUCGGAGCUUCUCGAGGCUGCGUUAUCCCCACUUGCUGUUGAGCGAUGACAAACCAGGCCUUUCGAAUCUGGACAUUCUGCUUCGCGCGGAGUUAGGAGUGUAUCGCGAGGAUGCAGACAUAGAGGACGAAAAAGAUGGAGUUGUAGUUGAAGACAACAAGUAUAACAGUGAUGCUCUUGUUGAACAGAAAGCAAAGGUUUUUGCCACCGAAGCUGACUUUCGGCAGGAGCAGCAGGCGCGAGAACUUUCUAGUUUGGAAAAUUAAGGUGAUAGGCGAUUAUUUCUUAGUUGGUAGUUCCUCUGCAGUCAUUAGAAGUGCAUCAGCUUUUUAUCAAAGAAACUCCUUUUUGGGUAUCUUCCGGGCUGAAUGAAAGAAAACUGCCAGCACUGCCGUGCCAGUUCUUCUAAGAACAGGGUUUGCAGGUGCGGCAAAAGGAAAUGCGACGGCUCCAGCGCAUGCUGAGUAAUCGGGAUACGACGACAGUAGGAAUGUGGGUGGAGCCUUGGCGACUGGCGCGCGCACUCACUGUGCCAAGCCGGGAGCUAAGCCUUAUGUGGCGUUGGGGUCUCGAUUUGGGUCGCCUGGAAGACAGUGA